GUUCCCCUUGUAAAACGAGUGAAAGCCCCGCCAGUCGGAGACCGGCAACUGCGACGCGGCAUCCCUCUACCACGCGAACUUUUAGCGGAAAUCUUCCAGUCACUGGAUACCAUGGAGCGGGUUCGUAAGCGUCGCGUCUGCCGUCUGUGGGAGGCGAUGCUGGAUGCGGGUGCGCUUUCACAGCAUGUGUGGAUCGCCUGUCGACACGUCUUCCGCAAAACAAACGCGGGAGGUUGGGAGCAGUUCCUGUUGGUUGAAUGCAUGCUCAAGCACUUGACGCCUACCACCGCAACCGUGAUCUUGGAGGAUGCAGCGGAAUUCACGGUCUCGAUGUGGAGUGCGUUCAAGGUGCUCUCCACCCUCCUGCAACAGCGGCGCAUCCGGACGCUCGUAUUUUCCCGCUGUGAUUUCAGCGAUUUGGACUGCUGCUUGAAUGGUUACUUGGAAUCGUUGAACGACGGAUUGUCCAGUUUAGCCGCGACAUGCAGUGCGGUGGUGUUUCGGGAUUGUGAAAUGCAUCUAACGCAAAACAGCGCCCAAGUGGCUUGCGCAAAAUUCUGUCUGUAUGAUGGGCCCGCACAGCGGCUGAUGCAGUUGUGGGAUGUCUAUGAAAGGUCACUAGUGAGGAGGGAGAUCGAUUUGCCAAGGCUGGCCGAGCGAGUGGCGCGCUGUGUUAGCACACAGGAUACUGAGAUGUGCGAAGUAAUCCUAUGGGUUUAGUCUUAACUGUUCGGCAUUUCACAAUCCCGAAACACCACCGCACUGCACGUCGCGGAUAAACUGGACAAUCCGUCGUUCAACACCUCCAAGUAACCAUUCAAGCAACAGUCGUUCAACACCUCCAAGUAACCAUUUGCCUAUUGCGAAAAAAUAAAGAAUUCUAUGAUAUAAAUCCGGUGUGUAAAAACUUCCUAAAAUCGCGCUACCGUCAGCACUAAGCCCUGUUCCCGCUAUAUGAUCCCGCUACGCUUCGGUCAUGCAGUGCCCGCUAAAAGCGAGUGCACUUUCCUAGUUAUAGAUUGUGAAUGUCUAUUGCGGUGGUGAUCCGCGGACGGCGCAGCGUAAUGCUCACCAAGAAUGGACGACGAUGGAGACUCUGUCCAGUUUGGAUGUGUUCAAGCUGUCGAAGGUGGCGCAAUCCGCCAUUGACUUCCGAGUUGGCGAUCUUUGAACUCUGUUACGUAUUUGAUUCUAUUGGUUGAACCUAAGGGCAUUAAAUUUGUGUUCCAGUUUCUUGCGCUGUGUUCCCGACCGCAACGGUA